AUGAGACUACCGAUUCUUCAACCAUGCGCAAGAGCUUUCAGGAGGUACUUCUUCCGUUCUGCCGGAACCCUAUCUUCGCCGGAGCUUAACGACAGUCUCCCGGUGCUAGAGCAAUGGAAGCGACAGGGUAAUCAAUUGAAUCCUUCCGACAUCAGAAACAUCAUCAAAACCCUCGGCGACUCUCAGCGAUUUACCCAAGCUCUCAAGGUAUCAGAGUGGAUGAGUGAGCGUCAACUUUGCAAUCUGAUUCCUGAAGAUUUCGCAGCUCGGCUUUAUCUGAUUGAUAACGUUCUGGGUUUAGAAGAAGCAACGAAAUUCUUCCUAAGCAUUCCCGAGUGCAAGAGAGACCACUCUGUAGGUAAGCGCCAAAUGGAGAUGAACAAUGUGGAGCCUGACAAUCUCACUUUGAACAUUAAACUGCGGCUUUACGCAGCUGAAUUCGACAUUGAAAAACUGACGAAGGCCAUAAAGGACAAGGAAAGCGACGACUGGAAGAACAAGGAUAGCAAGGGAUAUCGAUUAGUGAUUAGCUCCUUAUUGAAAUCAGGCGAUAUCGAUAUGGCAACUGAGAUUACAGAAGAGUGGUAUGAUGGUUUCUACAAGUUUGAUGUCCGAAUCGUGGCUAUGAUGGCAUCUGCUUAUUGCGAGAGCGGCCUUAUAUGGGAAGCUGAAAGAUGGUUAUCGAUGCAACUGCAACAACAAAGGAUCGAGGCAAAGAAGAAGACGGUGAAGAAUUAG